GCCAAGUCAGCGUCGCGACGGCCGCGAGUACGCAGAGUGCGCGAUUUACGAAGAGUGCACGCCAGACGGACCGCCGUCAUCAGCAUGCGGCCGUUUGGCAAUCGUCGUCCUCGCUUAUCGGUGAUCAACUUUCGCGUGCCAUACGACAGAUAUACACUGUGGACCGCUCAUCUUGUGUUUACCUUGCUGCUGAGAGUGUCCAGCAGCGCCGUGGCUGUCCAACAGGAGUCGCUAUCACCGUGUCCGCUUUUUGGCGAGGAUCGGUGCCGUUGUACCCCUGACUUGCGCGAGUUUUACUGCCGUGCGGCCGGGUUCAUCCGGGUACCGGAUCACCUGCCCUAUUCGCUCACAAAACUAGAUUUGGCGAGCAACAACAUCACCAGACUGAAGGAGACUUCUCUGGCGUCCUUUCCACAUCUGGAAGAACUGAUCCUCUCAGACAACAAAUUCGAAGACAUCCACCCGAAGUCGUUUGCCAAAAAUCCUCAACUUAAAAGACUGAUUUUGCAGAACUGCGGACUGAGAAGAAUCCCAUCUGAAUCCCUUAAACACCUGGUAAAGCUUCAAACAUUACAGGUAGGCAACAACGACAUCAUUCAAAUAGAACGAGACGCGUUGCAGGCAGUACGCAAUCUGCGCAGUCUGCGCGUCGACGGCAACUAUCUGCGCAGCGUACCCACGGAAGCGCUCGCGACGCUCCCGAGACUAGAGGUGUUGAACAUCGGUAACAACUUGAUCCCUAGUUUGAAUGUCGACUCGUUUCCGCCGAUGGAAAAUCUUCUGGUUUUACUAAUGAAACGCAAUCAGAUCACAUACGUAGACGACAUGACGUUCAGUAACCUUACGACGCUGAAAGUUCUCGAGUUGGAUGACAACUUUUUGACGCAGAUACCGUUGGCGAUCACCAAACUUCCAGAACUGCAAGAGUUCUCUAUAUCCGGGAAUCGCAUCAAGUAUAUCGCGGGUGGCGUGCUUCAGAAAACUCCCGCCUUGGCAUUGCUGGAGCUGAAGGGAAACCCUUUGGUGGCGGUGGACAGUCACGCAUUCUCCCACCUCCCUAGGCUUCGAAAGCUAAUACUCUCUGAUGCGCGGGAGCUCGCUACGUUUCCCAACUUGAACGGCACUACGGCACUGGAAAUUUUGCGCCUAGACAGAGCCGGACUCAGGACCGUCCCAACAUCGUUGUGUACGUUUUGUCCCAAGCUCAAGAGUUUAGAUAUAAAGUCCAACAAGCUGACUUCAGUCCCAGACCUAAACGAUUGCCGCGACAUGAGAGUAUUAGACUUAGCAAGCAACAACAUUAGAUCUAUCGAGGGUAAGCCCUUCAGGGGCAUGUACCAGAUGCACGACCUUUUGCUCGCGCGCAAUCAGAUCCAGUACAUUCCGCAUGAUGCCUUCUACAACCUAUCAAAGUUGCAAGUUCUAGACUUGGAGAGCAACCAAAUCUCUUUCAUUCAUCCGGACGCGUUCCUAUCGAUCUCCAGAAUCGAAGACCUAAACCUAGGCAACAACGUAUUCCCCCAGCUUCCAUCCGGCGGCCUCGAGCGACUUCUCCAUCUAAAAACGUUCAACAAUCCGAAUUUACGAGAAUUCCCACCGCCAGAGGAUUUCCCGCGGAUCCAGAGCUUGGUGUUGGCGUACGCGUAUCACUGUUGUGCAUUCUUACCCCUCGCGCCCCCCGAUCCGCCGCCCCGGGCCAAAGACAUCAUAGUAUUCCCGGACAUAGAGGACAUUGACCUAAAUAUAUGGAACAGCACCGCCGAUCUGUGGCCUUCUCAGCAAAACAUCACCAAAAGCUUCGGCAGUAAAUUCGAAGCGAUCUGGGAAAAUAUCCGGUCGGACUUCACGUACCCUGGUAACUUCCCCUCGUAUAUGGAGGACUACGGCGUCGAGGAUGACGUUUCGUCGAGGUUUGCUGCGGACGGGGUUUCUCUGGUACCCGGGAAAAUCAAUUGCCUGCCGGUGCCUGGACCUUUUCUUCCGUGCCAAGAUCUGUUCGACUGGUGGACUUUGCGUUGCGGCGUAUGGGUCGUCUUCCUCUGCUCGUUACUCGGUAACGGGACCGUAGUGUUCGUGCUGAUUUUUUCCAGGAGCAAAAUGGACGUGCCCCGCUUCCUGGUUUGCAAUUUGGCGGCCGCCGAUUUUUUUAUGGGGAUUUACUUGGGGUUUCUCGCGGUGGUCGACGCGUCAACAUUGGGCGAGUUCCGGAUGUACGCGAUCCCUUGGCAAAUGUCACCGGGUUGUCAACUAGCCGGUUUCCUGGGCGUGCUCAGUUCCGAAUUGUCAGUCUACACCCUCGCGGGUUUCCUGGGCGUGCUCAGUUCCGAAUUGUCAGUCUACACCCUCGCGGUGAUCACCCUAGAACGCAACUACGCCAUCACCCACGCCAUGCACCUCAACAAACGCCUUUCAUUAAAACAUGCCGGUUACAUCAUGAUCUGCGGCUGGAGCUUCGCUGUAGUCAUGGCGGUGAUGCCGUUAUUCAACGUCUCCGACUAUCGCAAAUUCGCGGUCUGUCUCCCGUUCGAGACCAAAGACCUCGCCAGUUUAUCUUAUGUCGUUUUCCUCAUGUUCAUCAACGGCAUCGCGUUCCUGAUCCUAAUGGGAUGCUACCUGAAGAUGUACUGUGCAAUACGCGGCUCGCAGGCUUGGAACUCGAACGAUUCGCGCAUCGCUAAACGCAUGGCGCUGCUCGUGUUCACCGACUUUCUGUGCUGGUCGCCCAUCGCGUUUUUCUCGCUGACCGCGGCGUUCGGACUCCAUUUGGUCAGCUUGGAGCAGGCCAAAGUGUUUACAGUGUUCAUAUUGCCGUUCAAUUCGUGCUGCAACCCGUUCCUCUACGCCAUUCUGACGAAACAGUUCAAAAAAGACUGCGUGAUGAUAUGCAAAGCGAUCGAAGAAAGUCGCGUGACCAGAGGGAUCGGCAGGUGUCGCCACAGUUCGAACUUUAGCAACAGACAGACGCCGGCGAACACCAACAGCCUGGCUGACCGAUCGUCCAGGGAGAACAAGGAGCAUCACGUACCCGCCUGCACGUGCAACGCAAAGUUAUUGGGGGACGCUAAUCCGUCGAAGAAUCAGCUGCAGCCGCGGCCGGAUCGGAAGACGCGAGCAAGGGAAUGGUUGCUGACGAAAGCUAGAUGGUUAUUAUGCGUGAGGAGACCUCCAAGACAUCGGCCGAGGGACGACACUUACACUUAUCAGAUCGCCGAGAUCCAGCAGAAGCAACACAUGAGAGCUUCAUCGGUGUCUUCUAGUGAAAACUUCAGUUCGUCGAGGUCGGAUUCAUGGCGCCAUAACCACCACUGCGGCAUCCCUCUCCGUCUACUCGAUCCUAAACGCAGGGCCUCCUCGUGGAUGGUGACGCGUAAAACGUCGCAGGAUUCGAACUUGUCGAGUUCGAGGAACGAUUCGUCUGGAUCCGGCAACACGACGGCCAGCACCAGCACCUGGAGGAUGUCCAGAUCGAGCGGAUCCAGCGAGCCGGUCAGGGGCAGAGUGAAGCCCCGCCUAACGCGUCAGUACGCGAUCCAAGACGACACCGAUUCUCCCGGGAGCCCCGGCAGGCUGACGGUAAAUAAUUACUACUACCCCUGUGUGCGGUUUCUCACGACCAUCCCUUCGGCGGCGGAGAACAGCGUGCAAGCGGAAGACGAACAACAGACUCCGGCUUCCGUGAGCCCCGCCAAGGAGCGAGAUGCGCCGCUCUACGCCAUACUGCACAGCGCUGUCCAACCCGCUCUGCCGGCGCACGUGCGCAGACAGUCGAUAGUGACGUUGCAUCCGGCGUCUGAAAUCGCGAAAAAUGCCGUCAAGAAUGGCGUGUCCAAGACCAGCAUUCUCAAGACGAACAAUAACACGAUUUCCGACUCUAGCCCGUCGACCAGCACGAAGAACGCCGACAGUGACAAAACAUCUAGUCGGGCUGCUAAAGGAGGUCGACCUAGUAACGAUAACGUAAAUACUUCUAGUCAACCGGCCACGAAUCGGGGCGGCACGGAGACCGAUCCCUGUAGAUAAUAGUUGGUACUUAAAUAGGUUAUAUAAUUGUGUUAACUAGAAAAAAACGAUGCUACGCUGUCUUUGCGCGGGUAAUUUCGUAUCAAGUCAACCGACGACUGAAUAUCAUUUUUAGGUUUUCCAAAAGCUUUCUCCAAUUUUUAAACAUAAAGAAUUUGGAAAACACAUGUUUUGCUCUUUCUUGUUUUUUUUUUCACGUAUAUAUUUUUUCAUACCUGUUUACCACAAAUCCUUGUCAUGAAUCAUGAAUUGAAAAGUUGAUCAAACUAACAGUUCUAAAGCUAAAACAAUAUGAUAUUUUACCCCCUUAUUUAACAAACAAAAACAUGCCUUUUCCUAACUUUGAAAUAUAAAUAGAAUGAAAAAGGGCUUUCCACACAAAAUGGUUUUAAUGAAACCUAAUUUAUAGGUUAUGGUUAUGUUUUUCCAACAUAUUGCGAAAACAUCGCUUUUCAACUUGUUAAACUAGUCAUAAUAAACCACACGUCAUCAUCGUUGGACACCGGCAGUGUGCUCAAGCUAGGCCUAGUUUAAAAAAUGGUCUGGUCUGUGAUGUCUUCAUGACAGUGUCCUCACCCUAGCCUUGGUAGAUUUGAUACGAAUUAACGCUUGUGAAAUGCGGGGCUAAAACUGAAAGGGUAUAUUAAUUUUUCAAGUGAACUCUCCCUCAUAAGUAUUGAUAAAAAUUAAAUGUUAUAUACUGCUUCAGUGUCAGUCCCGUUAUUUUUAUUAAUGAAAAAUUUUUGCCGUCCACAAGAGAACAGCCACAAUGAGGGCUCCAUUCCAUAUUUCUUCUAUCCCGUAUUCUUUGUAAUUAUAUAUUUGGCCCGGCAUUUUCAAAUAGAACGGGCAAAGCAAGACAGAAAUUAGUCUUAUAUUAAUACUAACGCAAAUCUCGGUUGCGUGUUGAUGUAAACGGUGUAGUAAAUUAUUUGUGAAACUGUCGCAUUUACAUAACUUAAUAAACUAUUUAUUUGUACAUAACUAGCGUUAAGGUUCGAAUCAAAGUCUUUUUUUUGUCGAUCGGUUUUUGAUAAAAGCGAAUAACAUUUUUCUGGUCAGUAAUAAUGGUCAAUAGAUUUUUACUGGUUUACUGAGAAAAAGACUCAUAAAAUUUCUUAGAUCUGCAUAUAAAUGCGUGAUAUAUAAAAUAUAGAUUAAAACGAAAUAAAGUAAUAAAUUUAUAAAGUGAUACUUAAGUAUGUAUAUACAUAUAUAUUUAAGAAAAAUGAUAUUUAUAUAUAAGUAUUCGUUCAAUGUUGCAUUUUCAGUAGAACUGGCACAUUAAUACCCGUCGUGUUAUUUUAAACUUUGUUGUUGUUUUUUUUUGAGUAUCUCCAUGCAGAAUCUAC